GACUAUGAUCAAACAAAGCAACACUUGCCGCCAAGCCCGAUUUAUAUGUCAUCUUCCCGCCACUCUCACCGUUCAAAACCCAUCAAAUCGUCCAACUUCCACCACCUUCGCCGCCACCGUCAACGAAUGGAACCUUCAAUUACGAGAGCUUUCGAAGCAAGAUCAAUUCUUAAAUGCCCUUCAAUUAUACCUCCGAAUGCUGCGAUUUGGGCAAUCCCCAGAUUCCUCUACAUUCCCCUUCAUCCUUAAAUCUUGCGCCUCUCUUUCUCUCUUUUUCACUGGCCAACAGCUCCAUUCCCAUGUCCUUCAAACUGGGUCACUCUCAGAUACCUUUGUAAGAACCUCUUUGAUCUCGUUUUAUUGUGAAUGUUAUCAACUUGAUAGUGCACGCCAAGUGUUUGAUGAAAUUCCCCAACCAUUUCAGCACCAGCCCACUGUCUGUUACAAUGCUAUGCUUUCUGGGUAUUCGAUGGAAUCCCGGGUUUCCGAUGUGGUGUCCUUGUUUGGUGUAAUGAGGUUUUUGGGUGUGGCUUAUAAUGAUGUUACCAUGCUUGGGUUGGUCCCUGUUUGUAGUUUGCCGCCGCAUUUGAGGUUUGGGAUGUCUCUACAUGGUCUUAAUGUUAGGUGUGGGCUGGUUAAUGAUGUUGCUGUAGUAAAUUGUUUGUUGACCAUGUAUCUACGAUGUGGGUCGGUUGAUUCUGCUAGAAGAUUGUUUGACAAGAUACCAGAAAAGAGUUUGAUUACUUGGAAUGCCAUGAUUAAUGGAUAUGCACAAAAUGGAUUUCCUGCUCGUGUUUUGGAUCUUUACCAUGAGAUGGAGUCCUUGAGGAUCCGUCCUAAUGCUGUAACGUUAGUUGGGGUUUUAUCCUCUUGUGCGCACCUUGGUGCUCGUAGUAUUGGUUGUGAUGUGGAGAAGCAAAUUGAAACCUUAGGGUAUAGUUCGAAUGUGUUCUUGAGAAGUGUAUUGAUUAAUAUGCAUUCUAGAUGUGGAAAUUUGGUGAAGGCUCGUGCAAUUUUCGAUGAUACACCCAAGAAAAGCUUAGUCAUUUGGACGGCUAUGAUAGGUGGUUAUGGCUUGCAUGGGCAAGGAGAGGUUGCAGUUGAUCUGUUUGAUGAGAUGAUUAGUAGUGGGAUUCAACCUGAUGGAACAGUUUUUGUGAGCGUUUUAUCUGCGUGUAGUCAUGCAGGCCUAAUUGAUAAAGGUUUGACAUAUUUCUACUCAAUGGGAAAAUAUUACAAUUUAGUGCCCAAAAAAGAGCAUUAUGCAUGUAUGGUUGAUCUAUUAGGACGAGCUGGUUGUCUUAGCAAAGCUCACGAGCUCAUCAUUUCUAUGCCAAUGCAACCUGAUGCAGCUGUUUGGGGAGCUCUUUUGGGUGCUUGUAAGAUUCAUAAAAAUGUUGAAUUGGCUAAAUUGGCUUUUCAAAGAGUUGUUGAGAUUGAACCAGCAAAUACUGGUUACUAUGUCUUAUUAUCAAACAUAUACUUGGAUGCUGGAAAUAUUGAGGGUGUAAAGAAAACCCAAGUGAUGAUGAGAGGGCUGAAACUUAGAAAAGAUCCCGGGUAUAGUUAUGUUGAACAUGAAGGGAGGAUUCAUAUGUUCUUGGCAGGGGAUACAUCCCAUCCCGAGACAAAUGAAAUCUGCAAAAUGUUGGAAAGAUUGGAAAAGUCGGUAGGGAAUCUUGGUGAGUUCAGGCAGAGCAAUAGUAGAUUACAUAGUGAAAGGCUGGCAAUUGCAUUUGGGCUACUCAACACUCUGCCUGGUGCAGAAAUUGUUGUGAUAAAGAACCUUCGAGUAUGUGAAGACUGUCAUUUGUUUAUAAAGCUAGUUAGCAAGACCGUGGACCGGCUUAUUGUUGUUAGAGAUGCAACUCGCUUCCAUCAUUUUAGAAACGGAGCAUGUUCUUGCAAAGACUAUUGGUAGCAAACUAGCAACU